AUGCGGCGAGUCUACUUACAUUUCUUGGCCUUGAUCUUGGCAGUUGCAGAACGUUCUCGGCUUGGCCAGAAAGCGCUGGACGUCGAUGAGUUGUUGGCACCUGGAGGAGAAGCAAAGGCAGGCUGUCCACAAUGGUCAGCGUUGAAUGCCGUUUUGCAGAAACUGGGCGUCGAUCCGUCGGUCGUGGGAGGAAAGAUCAAGUGGGCAGGGUGCGAAGUCACGGAGAUCCACCUGGGGAGCGACUUGGAUGUGAACGGGACCCUGGACGAAGAGAUCGGAAAGCUUCCCUCUUUGCGGCACUUCAGCCUCGCAGGCACCAAGACAGAAGGAAACUUGGACAGCUUCGCAAACAGCCCCCAGCUGCAGGUGCUGCUCCUCAGCAACACACAGGUCUCCGGGGACCUCCGCAGCCUAGCAAACAGCCCCCAGCUGCAGCAGCUGGACCUCGACAACACACAAGUCUCCGGUGACAUCAGCAGCCUAGCAAACAGCCCCCAGCUGCAGCAGCUGGACCUCGACAACACACAAGUCUCCGGUGACAUCAGCAGCCUAGCAAACAGCUUUCAGCUGCAAAAGCUGUACCUCAGCAACACACGGGUCUCCGGUGACAUCAGCAGCCUAGCAAACAGCUUUCAGCUGCAGCAGCUGGGCCUCCGCAACACACGGGUCUCCGGUGACCUCCGCAGCCUAGCAAACAGCCCCCAGCUGAAGGUGCUGCUCCUGAGAAACACCCAGGUCUCCGGGGACCUCCGCAGCCUAGCAAACAGCUUUCACCUGCAAAAGCUGGACCUCACCAACACACGGGUCUCCGGUGACAUCAGCAGCCUGCAAGGCCACAGCAAAAUGAAGGACCUCGCUUUGUCCAACACCUCGGUCUUUGGUGACAUCGGCGUCCUCACCGAGUGGCCAGAAAUCGAGUCGGUGGACCUAUCUUGCACAAUGGCUACUGGGCGGCUUACAACUUCCUGGCGGGGCCGCUGUGCACUUCUGGGGUCCUUGAAGCUAAGCCACAGCCAGGUUGAAUUCUUGCCGACUGCUGAGGAUCAGAUGGAUUUUCAGAUGAUUCACACGCAAGAAGAGAACGCCAUCUUCCCAAAGCUGAGGUUGCUGGACAUAUCUGGAUGUCCUUUGCGGGGCAACGUCAAAGACAUGUUGCAGCCUCUCUUGGCUUCUGGGGUUCUAGCCACCAUCAAGGCUGACGGCUGCGGCCUCCUUGGAAGUCUUCCCCAGCUGGCUCACAUGUCCGCUGUUGUUGACGGGGACUCUUGGGCUUCUUGGGCUGCUCCUUUGGCGAGGUCCUUGGUGAGUCUGGAUGUGUCGUCCAACGAAAUGUCCUUCAUCGAGGAGAUCCCACAGAGUGUGCAGGCCCUGUUGCUAGCAGACAACCCGUCAGUAGCCUUUGCAGCCGGGUUCUUGCCAAGGCUGUAUCCGACGGGAUAUUCCUGGACUUGCAGAAUGUCACUUUGGAGAACAAGACUGAGGCCCAAGAGCUCCUGGAAGGGGGUCAGCUCACCCGUACGGACAAGCGCUCCUCGGUGA